AUGGAGGGGAAAAAGAGGGAGUCGGAGGUGCAAGACACCAUACCGGGAGGAUCUUUGAAGAGGGAGAGAGAGGAGGAGACGACCGUGACGGAGGAGGAGGUGGAGGAAUUCUUCGCUAUCCUUGGCCGAAUACACGUGGCGGUAGAUUAUUUCAAGAAGCGUGACGGCAACUUACGAGACUUGACUGAUUUGCGAAAAGGGGAGUCGUUUAGUUUGGGAGGGAACGCCCAGGGAAACGGCGGCGGGAAGAAGGCGAAAAACAUGGAGGAGAAUGUGGGUUUGGAUUUGAAUGCUGAUCCGGAUACGAGUUCAGACCCGGUUUAAUCAUUCGUCACAGGUUCCCAAGCUACAUUGUUAUUGUCAGUGUUACCAUCUUUUGUUUC